AUGUCCGGCAGCGCACCUUUCAAUACCGCUGUCACCAGCCACGACCAUACGUCCACCUCCACCGCCGACCUACACGCCACCUCCAGCGCCCCGACCACCCAUCAGGGCAUCUCGGGCGCCAGCUCACGCACAGCCAUACCGCCAACCAACAACACCUCACAAGCCAACGACGCCUCACCAGUCAACCCCUCCACUGAAUCGGCACCCCUAAAUGCCCACCACCGCCCAUCCCUGGCCGAAGAUGCCCCAACUAGCGAUAAUGCACAGCCUCUCCCAGGCGACACCACCAUCCGUCGCACGACCUUGAGUCAGAACGCGCCCGGAAAGGCAGGAGAAAUCGGAGAAAAUGCCAUUGGAGCACUGGGAUUCGGUGGGGCGAGGGUUGAGCGGCCGAAGGAGGAUCAGGGGUUGGGGGAGAAGAUUGCGGCGUUCUUGGGGACGUAG